AUGCCUGAUCAAAAUCCAGCAGAGAGCCAUAAAUAAAUUAUUUCCAGACGGAGACUGGGGGCUCCGAUGGCCUGUAACGACACUAUAGGUCCAGUCUGGUGGACAUGUACCCGACUACAAUAUGAGCUAAUGUGCAUUGGCUAAUUUUAAAGAAGAAGGUGGAUUAUAAUCGGUACUGAAAAUCUGCCUUUAGGGGGCAAACUGUAGAAAAAAAACAGCUCGUAGCCACUAACCGCAAGAUGAUGAUGGAAACCCAACAGCUGACUCUGUGUAACACUGAUGUUUGAACGUUGGGAGACUGAAGACGGAUUCACAGCUCACCAGGAAAACAUCUUAACGGCGCCGACCUUUACCAGAAGUAUAUUUAGAGAUGUGGGCUAAUUCAGAACACCAAGCUGGAAAAACACAUCGAUCAGAGAUGGAAAGCUGGGACUCCGAAACACAAUCCAGCUUUCUCCAACUUGCUAAGAAAGAGACUGAAGUGUUUCCUGGGCAGCAGCUGUGGGUGGUUAAAGAAGAGGUUCGCAGUGACUGGAGCUCUAGUUUGGAUCCGCUUGACUCAAAACCGCCCCACAUGAAGGAAGAAGAGAAGCCUGCUGUGAAAAGUGAAAAAGAAGAAAAACCAAAGUUUUCAGAUUGUAGCUGCAUGAAAACUGAAGACAGGAGAAGAGAACCCCUGACGCCCAACUUGGCUAAACAGAUGGAAGCAGAACCUGAUGGAGAGGACUGUGGAAGACCAGAACCAGGCCCAAGCCCCAAUAGUUCUUAUCAAGAAAGUGAGAUGGCCAUUCACCGUACAGUUGUUCCGGUCCAGCAAGUGUUGGGGAUGAAACAAGAGGUUCCCCACGACUUGAGCUCCUGUUUGAACCAGAAAGACCCAGAGCCCUCCCACAUAAAGGAGGAAGAUGAUGACCUGUGGGUCGGUGAGGAGAGAGAACAACUUAUUGUGAAGAUUGUAGAUGAUGAGAAACUUAGUUUAUCAGAACUUCAUUACGUCAAACCUGAAGAGAGCAGAGAGACGGACACUCCAAACAAGAUCUCAGCCGUACAGAUAAAACAAGAGCCUGAUGGAGACUGUGAAAGUCCAAAACCAAGCAGAACCCGUCGUUCAGCUAUUCAUCUGCAGUCAAAGAAUAAUGAAAAUGCAUCACACUCUUCUGAUACUGAAAACAGUGGGGAGGAUAACAGCUCUGUGACACAUCAAUCAGUGGAAAACCCUACCAACUCUUCAGUUGAGAAGAAACGAUCUAGAAAAGAGAAAAACGCUGACACUCAACCGGGAGCAAAAGCUGAAAAGAAAUCAUAUGCUUGUGAAGACUGUGGUAAAACAUUUCCAUAUCAGUGUCAUCUCAAGUCUCAUAUGAGACUCCACACUGGAGAGAAACCAUUUGCUUGUGCAGACUGUGGUAAAACUUUUUACCAGCAAUAUCAACUUAAUUGUCACAUGACAGUCCACACAGGGGAGAAACCAUUUGCUUGUGAUUUUUGUGGUAAAACAUUUCCUUAUCAGUGUCAUCUCAAAUCUCACUUGAGACUGCAUACUGGAGAGAGACCAUAUGCUUGUGGUAAUUGUGGUAAAGCAUUUACAGAGCUGAAGGAUCUUAAAAGGCACAUGAGAUGCCACACAGGAGAGAAACCUUUUCAGUGUGAAGUCUGCUAUAAAAAGUUUAGCCUAAAGGGGGCUCUGAAGCGACACAUGAUGAUUCAUAAUGGAGAAAAACCAUUUGCGUGCACUGAUUGUGACAGGCACUUCAGAUUUAAUGCUGAUCUUCAAGCACACAUGUUAACCCAUUUAGGAGUAAAACCAUUUGCCUGCGCUUAUUGUAAUGCAAAAUUUACUCGAAAAGGAAGUCUGCUUCUGCAUGUUAGACACCACACUGGCAAGAAUCUACUUACCUGUGAAGUCUGUGAGGAGAAAUUUGUCCGAAAAUGUGAUCUUGACAACCACAUGCCAGUUCACUCAAGAGCACAGAAGGUUCCAUCCGGAAAUGAGAAUUUUGUCUGUGAUGAAUGUGGAAAAAAAUUUGUUGAGAAGUCACGCCUAACGAGACACAUGAUUACCCACACAGGAGAGAAACCAUUUAGUUGUGAUGUUUGUAGUGUGAAGUUUUCCCGACAAGAACACGUGAAAAGGCACAAAAUGACACGGCACAGUAUGAUAAGAACACGUGAAGAGACACAAAGUUACACAGGAGCGCAUGAAGACAGACAACAUUGCAUGAGAACGUAUGAAGAGACACAAAACCACAUGGGAAUGCAUGAAGAGACACAAAAUGACACGGGAAUGCAUGAAGAGACACAAAAUGACACGGGAAUGCAUGAAGAGACACAAAACCACACGGGAAUGCAUGAAGAGACACAAAAUGACACGGGAAUGCAUGAAGAGACACAAAAUGACACGGGAAUGCAUGAAGAGACACAAAACGACACACCACAAUACAUGAACAUAUAAAGAGACACAAUCACAGGAACACAAACACCUCAAAACACUCAACAUAAGAUAAGAAGAUAUGAAGAGACAUAUAUUCAUAUCUCUCAUGAUCAAACCAUGACCAUGGUUAAACCAUAGUUAUGGUUUGACACAUUUUCUUCUGUGUGAAGAUGAAUGGUAGCCAGACAAAAAGCUGUAUGAUUGAGCUCCUUGAUGGUCUACAGCAGGGGUGCCCAAGUCCAUUCCUCGAGAUCCACUAUCCUGCAACUUGGUUGCCUCCCCUCUCCAAUACACCUAAUUCAAAUGGAUCAUUGCAUCUUUUAGCUCUGCUGAGGAAUGGUAACAAGUCAUUCAUGUGAUUCAGGUGUGUUGGACAAGGGAUGCAUCUAAAAGUUGCAGGAUAGUAGAUCUCGAGGACUGGAUUUGGACACACCUUAUCUACAGGGUAAGUUCUUUUUCAUCCGACAGUCUGCUUUUUUUUUAGUGCAACAACACUUUAGUUUCUCAGUAAAGAUUUAAUUGUGUUAUUUCUAUCGUUACAUCUCUAAAAUGUUUUGUAAAUAGACUUGGCUUAAAUUUUAUUUUUAGAUCCCUGAAGAAUAAGCUGUUGUCUGUCCUCAAAACAUGAAAGUUUAAACCCAAACUAACUUCUUUCUUAAAUGCUGAAUUUGGCUGGUAAUUUAUUGGUAUUAUGUUUUAUACAGUAUUUAUUGAAUUUUAAUUUUUCUUAUUGGUGGAUUGAGCAGUCUUUUGUGUAGCAAAGUAUAAAGCUGAACUAACUUUUCUUUGAUCAAGACUAAACUUUGUUGGUACUACUCUAAUUACUAUCAUUGUUUACUGCUAUCUUUAUAGUCAAGUUUAGUUUGAAAUGUAUUUUUAGUCAGUAGAAGAUUUAUCUUAUGUUUGCUCUGUAACAUGAUGAUAUAAAGGUAAACUAAGUUUUCCCUGAUAAAUGAAUUUGGUUGGAAACAUCGUCAUUAUUUUGUGAAAUCUCUCUAAGCAUGUUUAGUUUACAUUGUUUUGUUUGAAGACUGAGCUGAUAUCUGUUCUGUAGCAGGCAAGUAUAAAACUAAAAUAACCUCAACUAAGAUUUUUUAAAGUCUUUAACCUGUUGACUUUUAAAAAGUCUUUUUAGUUCUUAGAAGACUGGGUGCUUGUGGGUUCUGUAGUUAGAAAGUCCUUUUAGAUGAACAUUUCACUAAACUCGAAUGCCACUGAUGUGCCUUAGGUUUUGUUUCUGCACAGCGUUUGUUUAAUUUUAACAAUCAUUUCUUCCAAUGAGCUCUGUAUUUUUUUAUUUUUUUUUGUGGAUCUGGUUUUCCUCCCUCAUUUCAGCCUAUGUGACACCAGUCUGAAAUGAAUGCAUGACCAAGCUAUUUGACCAAGCCGUGCUGCAGAAACCUGUUCUGUGUAAGCAUAUUAAACCUUUUAAAAGAACAA